UGCUGCUUCUUGCUCACUGAGCUCCAGCAAAGAAGUGGUGAGCGAGGGCCCUCUCUCUCUAUUCCAUGGGUCCUACCAAACCGACUGCCCGCAAAUCCACAGGUGGUGAAGCUUGCAGGAAACAACUGGCAACAAAAGCCCCUCGCAAGAGUGCGCCCUCCCCUGGAGGGGCAGAUAAACAAAAGGAUUCCAGGCCAGGCACUGUGACACUUUGUGAAAUCAGACGCUACCAGAAAUCCAGUGAGCUUCUGAUUCGAAAGCUCCCUUUCCAGGGUCGGGUACAGGAAACUGCUCAGGACUCCAGAACGGAUCUGCGCUUCCAGAGCGGAGCUAUUGGAGCUUUGCAGGAGGGAAUGAAACCCAUCUGGUUGGCCUUUUGUAAUAUACCAAUCUGUGUGCUAUCCAGUCCAUACCUGUAACAAUUAUGCCAAAAGAUAUCCAGGUAGCACGCCGGAUACAUGGAGACCAGCUUAAGAAGCC